UUGAGCAUAGACAAUGCCCACUCAAGUCUAGACCUCUUCUCAAAGCACUUCUCCGUCGCCACUCUCACUCCCAGUUCGCUGUCGAUUGCUGAUAUUAAAGCCCUCAAGUGUCCCCGUCGACGGUCAGCUGGAGUAUUGUACUCUAACUAGAUCUCGACGGAAGUUACCGAUCGGAGACGGAGCCUUUCACCCACUUUCAGCCUUCUCGUUUGCACUGAACCAUGGGAAUUGAGGAAAGAUGGUGUGUGGUAACUGGAGGACGGGGCUUUGCUGCUCGGCAUUUGGUUGAAAUGCUACUCCAAUACAAUACGUACUCUGUUCGGAUCAGUGAUUUGGGAGCUAACAUUGAACUUGAGCCAGCUGAAGAAUCAGGAAUUCUUGGUGAAGCUUUACGCUCGGGUCGUGCCCAGUAUAUGACUUUAGAUCUUCGUAACAAGGCCCAAGUACUUAAAGUAUGUGAAGGAGCUGAGGUUGUGUUCCAUAUGGCUGCUCCAAACUCUUCCAUUAACAAUUUUAUGCUUCAUCAUUCAGUCAAUGUUGAAGGGACAAAAAAUGUCAUCAAUGCUUGUGUUGAGCUCAAAGUGAAGCGACUUAUCUAUACGAGCUCUCCUAGUGUGGUUUUUGAUGGUGUUCAUGGAAUUCUUAAUGGAGAUGAAUCACUGCCUUAUCCCGCUAAGCAUAACGAUCAUUACUCUGCAACUAAAGCAGAAGGGGAGGCAUUGGUCAUUAAGUCUAAUGGGACUGAGGGGCUUCUAACAUGCUGCAUACGCCCCAGCAGCAUUUUUGGGCCUGGAGAUAAACUGUUUGUGCCUUCAUUAGUUGAAGCUGCUAGGGCAGGGAAAUCAAAGUUCAUUAUUGGUGAUGGCAAUAACCUUUAUGAUUUCACUUACGUUGAAAAUGUGGCACAUGCCCAUAUAUGUGCCGAUCGAGCUCUAGCUUCGGAAGGGACAGUUGCAGGAAAAGUCUCAGGGCAGGCCUAUUUCAUCACAAAUAUGGAACCUAUAAGGUUUUGGGAGUUUAUGUCACUUGUUCUGGAAGAUCUUGGAUAUGAAAGGCCGAGAAUAAAGAUCCCUGUCUUUGUUAUUAUGCCAAUUGCGCAUAUGGUGGAGUGGGCUUAUAGGCUGCUAGGUCCAUAUGGGAUGAAGGUUCCACAGUUGACACCUUCAAGAGUAAGACUUUUGUCUUGCAGCAGAACUUUUAAUUGCUCAAAAGCAAAGGAUAGCAUUGGCUACACACCCAUCAUAACACUUCAGGAGGGUCUACAAAGGACUAUUAAAUCGUAUCCACAUUUGAGAGCUGAAAAUCAGCUUAAUACUAAAAGAGAAGGGCCUUCCAAAGCUUCCAUAUAUCUUGGAAGUGGAAGAGUUGCUGACACAUUGCUCUGGAAGGAUAAGAAGCAAACUGUCACUGCAUUGUUAGUUUUGUUUGCCGUAUACUACAACUUCAUUGCAUCCGGGUCUACUGUUGUUACUGCUCUUUCAAAGCUUCUAUUGUUCACAUCAGUCUUUUUAUUUGUCCACAGCAUUCUACCUGAAAAAAUGUUGGGAUAUACAAUUGAGAAAGUACCCGCAUCUUGGUUUCACUUAUCAGAAGAUAAGUCACAUCAAAUUGUUUUCUCCCUUGCUUCUUCAUGGAAUUUCGCUGUCAAUGUUUUGAAAUCUCUUGCAGAAGGGAAUAAUUGGGUGCUGUUUCUCAAGGUUACUGUAUCUCUCAUCAUUCUUAGCUUCCUUGGAGCCUUAUCAUUUCAGAAUACAUAUGUUAUAGGUACCCAAUAUUAAAUGGAAUUUGGAUUCUCUGAAGUGUAAAGCCUGUAAAGUGUUUUUCAAGUAAAGACAGUAAUAAAAUGAGAGGGAUUGUGUUGGGGACCUCUUUUUUCCAUUUUUUAACACCAUCUCUCUCUCAAUUCUCAGUUUAGCGAAUCCCAAUUCUAUCAAGUCAAAUGAUACAUGCAUUUGGUUAAUUUUGCAUCAUGCUUGAAACAUUAGGUAAAACUUUGAACAGUUUCAGGAAGCUCAUUUUGCAAGUCUAUUCGGUGCCUUGACACCAGAUACAAGUAAUAGAGCCAUGGCAUUUCUCUUCUGGGAUUGCUUAUAAAUUUUAUAAACCUCUUUCCGAAAAUUGCUAUUGUGAAUAUUAAAAUUGUUGAAGUGGGAUUUAUUUGUUUUUGGUGGUAAACUUGAGACUUUGAAUUCUUUACUCAUGUUAAUGCCAGUGCUUGCUGCCACAAUAUGAGCUUGUUUUUCUAGGCUGUUAUAAGCUUCCAUUUACCUAUUUGCUUUUCAUCAGUUCGGUGCUUGAAUGGAAACGUGAUAUACUGAACCAGUUAUUCUCAUGGGUACAGGAUUGCCUUUGCAUUUAUAGCUUUCUACGUAUAUGAGAAGAAGGAACAAGAAAUUGAUGCCCUAUUUCUGAAAACACAACAUUUCGGAUGCAAGUUAAAAUCUGACUUCAGUGGGAGGUUUCUUUCUUCAAAGAAGAUUGAUUGAUAGCUAGUAGCAUGUGUUUUUUUUUUCUUUGGGUUUGGCUAACAUGGGAAGUUGCGUCUUCAUUUGCUAGUUCUGUGGAUUUUUGUUUUGAUUGUUCGACAAAUCUAACAUGGAUUGCAAGCCUGCAUUGUUCGAAGUUCGCAAGCUUCUUAAAUGAGUUGUACUGAUUAGCUAUGGGGAAUGAAUUAAAGAAACUUAA